UGACGUCAUCAAGUAGCGUCGACUAAACAGAGGCUCACGAGCGUCUCGACUCAUGCGAGCAGUAAACUUGAGAAAUAACGGGUGGAGAGCCUCUUGCUGCAGAGUGACCGACUUUUAAACGUAUCACCUAAAUUUAGAAAAGAAAAAGAAAAGGCUGCUGUUUAGUGUAACAUCUCAAUGGAUGUGAAACAGGAGACCUUUGAUGUGGACACAAAUAUUAUGGAUAUUAAGGAGGAGGACUUUGAGUGGGAGUCCAACUACACUAAACAGGAAAGUCUGAACAUUAAGGAGGAGAACCGUGAACUGCAGCCAGUGAGCAUUAAAGAAGAAGGUGAAAAGUCAGUCAGUAUUGAGACACAUAACCAUACAAAUCUGAAGAGUAGUGAGGAAGGUGACUUUCAUGAUGGGUAUCAAGAUGGAGUGGUGACAGGGUUAGACUCUUCUCAAAGCAGACCCUGUUCAUCUCCAGGACCUUCUAUCAAUGUGAAGUCUGAAUCAUUACAAUCUGACACACACAGGACUGAGGAGACUACAUCUGUUAGAAGUCAGGAAAAUCAGCCACCACCCACAAAGACGUCUGGGAAAAGAAAUGAACAUCACUGCUGUUUGGAAUGUGGCAAGGAAUUCUCUCGCAAGAGUGCUCUUCAGAGACACACUAUAUUUCACACCGGAGAAAAGCCGUAUUGCUGUAAUGAAUGUGGCAGACAGUUCUCUUACAGGAGCAGUUUUCAAAUCCAUACAAGAAUUCACACUGCAGAAAAGCCAUAUUGCUGUGUGGAAUGUGGCAAAAAAUUCUGUGACACGACUUCUCUGCAGAGACAUACAAGAAUUCACACGGGAGAGAAGCCAUUUCACUGUAAUGAAUGUGGUAAACAGUUUUCACAAAAGAUCAGUCUUCUGAAACAUACUAGAGUUCACACUGGAGAGAAGCCAUAUUGCUGUAAUGAAUGUGGUAAACACUUCUCACAAAUAGGCAAUCUUCAGAUACACACUAGAGGUCACACAAGAGAGAAUCUGUAUCACUGUAAUGAAUGUGGUAAACAGUUUUCAGCAAAAUGCCAUCUUCAGAUUCACAAAAGAAUUCACACUGGAGAGAAGCCAUAUUGCUGUAACGAAUGUGGUAAACAGUUUUCAAGAAGAUGCCAUCUUCAGAACCACACUAAAAUUCACACAGGAGAGAGGCCAUAUUGCUGUAAUGAAUGUGGUAAACAGUUUUCACGAAGAUGCCAUCUUCAGACCCACAAAAGAAUUCACUCUGGGGAGAAGCCAUAUUGUUGUAAUGAAUGUGGUAAACAGUUUUCACAAAUAUGUAGUCUGAAGAGACACUCCAGAGUUCACACAAGAAACAAAAACAGUAAGAGUUCAAAAAUCAGUCCAGAAAAACAAGCAUGCUUAAGGACUCAUGAGUGAAGUUCACUCCUGUUCUGAAAAAUAAGGAAACCAAACUACUGUUGAGAAAUGAAUCCCUGAGAGAAACCCUAUUGCUGUUUGGAAUGUGGGAAACUAUUCUGUCAGAGGAGUACUCUUCAGGAACACGCUACAGUUCACAACAGGAGAGAAGUACAACUGAACUGUCCUGACUAAACAGAGAGGUUCACACCUGCCUGGACAGUAAGCACAUGUAACCAUCUGGGAUCCAUCCAAUGCAUGUUGUAUCAGAAACAUUACCUUUUCACUUAACAGAAACAAAUAAAACAAAAACAAAGAGCUUCUCACCAAUACAGAUUAAAUAAUAA